AUGUACGGGGAUGGAGAGGGCACCGUGUGGGACCGGGUCGGGCGGCCCCACCGGGACUGUAUGUGCUACCUUGGACCUCCGACUAACUUGAUGCCGAUCGGGAUGCGCAAAUCGCCUGAAGUGAGCCCCAGAAGGCUUUCGGACAUCAGCCCUCAGCUCAGACAGCUCAAGUAUCUUGUGGUGGAUGAGGCCAUCAAAGAGGACCUCAAGUCUUCCCGUUCAGUUGAGGACAUCAACAGUGCAUCCAUAGAGGAGCGAAUAUUGCGGAUCACUGGAUAUUAUGGCUACCAGCCUUGGAGUGCCAGCUACAAAAGGGAAGAAAGGCCCAGGGAGCACGUGGCGCACAGCGGCCCAGAUGUGCAGUCAGCGCCGGGUGCGGCGGGUCCAGAUUCGAGCUCCACCAGGCGGAAGCUGCACUGCUGCAUCCGGAUAACGGCGGUACAGGUGCGCAAGGCCCUGUGGGGGGUCGCCAUGGUGAUGUGCGUCUGCUCGUCAUGGGCAGGCUCCACCCAGCUGGCCAAGUUGACCUUUAAGCACUUUGACGCCCCCUUCACCCUCACUUGGUUCGCCACCACAUGGAACUGCCUCUUCUUUCCGCUCUACUACGUCGGCCACCUGUGCAAAAGUCCGGAAAGGCAAACAGCCAGGCAGAGAUUAAGAGAGUGUUGCCGCUUUUUCGGGGACGACGGGCUGACCUCCAAGGUGUUCUUCACCAAGGUGGCCCCCUUUGGACUGCUGUGGAUCCUCACCAACUACUUGUACCUGCAGGCCCUCAGGAAGAUCAAUACAACAGAUGUGUCGGCACUCUUCUGUUGUAACAAGGCCUUCGUCUUCCUGCUCUCCUGGAUUGUACUGCGAGACCGCUUCAUGGGUGUCAGGAUAGUGGCGGCCAUUUUGGCGAUAGCGGGCAUCGUCAUGAUGACUUACGCUGAUGGCUUUCACAGUCACUCGGUCAUUGGCAUCACUCUGGUCGUUACUUCAGCAUCCAUGUCUGCACUAUACAAGGUUCUCUUCAAGAUGGUCCUCGGCAGUGCCAAAUUCGGGGAGGCGGCGCUUUUUCUGAGCAUCGUGGGUGGAGCCAACUUUGUUUUUCUCAGCAUUCUGCCCGUUGUCCUAUAUUUUACCCAAGUGGAGUACAUUGACUCGCCUGAUGACACCCCCUGGGGGUACCUGUGUGGGGUUGCAGCUCUGCUUUUCGCUUUUAACAUCCUGGUCAACUUUGGUAUUGCCAUUACAUAUCCCACUUUUAUAUCCCUUGGCAUCGUCUUAAGUGUUCCCGUCAAUGCCAUGGUGGAUUUCUACACGUGUGAGAUUAAUUUCAACACAGUGCGCCUCAUCGCCGUCUCCAUUAUCUGUCUGGGUUUCCUCAUGCUGCUGCUUCCAGAAGACUGGGACCAAGGCAUCAUCCGCCUCAGCACCAAACUGCGCAAACGUGACGAGCCAGCCGAGGCUAGCGCUGAGGGGGGGCCCUCCUGGAGGGGCCGCGCUAGGACCUCCAUGUCAACAUUUGCACGCUGA